AUGCCUUCAGUUGUGGUCUUCCGCGGUGCUGCUAUUCACUCCAUCGACGUCGAGACCUUGGAGUUCCUUGACAAUGCGACACUAAUGAUCAGUGAGGGCCGCAUCAGAGGCUUCUGGAAAACGCCAAACGAGGUGCCCCAAGAUGCAUUCCCUCCUAAUGCGAAAAUACUCAAUCUCCCCCCUGGCGAGUUUCUCAUUCCCGGCUUCGUUGACACGCACAAUCAUGCCCCUCAAUGGCCGAUGCGGGGUCUCGGACAAGGGCUUCACAUUCUAGACUGGCUCAACGAAGUCACUUUCCCCGUCGAAGCUCGUUUCUCUGAUCCCAAAUACGCAUCCAAGAUGUAUGAGCACACUGUCCAGGAUUUUCUACGUCAGGGAAUUACGACUGCCUCCUAUUACGGCUCUCGACACGCUGAAGCAACACGUAUCCUCGCCGACAUAUGCCACGCCAAAGGCCAGCGUGCUUUUGUGGGAAAAUGCAACAUGGACAGAAAUGCGCCAGACUAUAUUCGCGAGCAGAGUGCGUCCGACUCUCUCCGGGAGACGAAAGAAUGUAUAACCCACAUUCGGGCUCUGGAAGCCGACGGCAGCGCUCAAGAGGGGUUGGUAAAGCCGGUCGUCACACCAAGAUUUGCCAUCUGUUGCACGGACGAACUCCUUCGAGGACUGGGGGAUAUGGUCCAGGCUGAUGAUACUCUUGCGGUGCAAACGCAUUUCAACGAAGCUCAGCAGGAAAUCGAUGCCACCAAAGAAUUAUUUCCACAGUUCAACGGGAGCGAGGCUGAUCUGUACGAAAGUUACGGCUUGCUCAACAAGCGCAGCAUUCUCGCCCACUGCACCAUCAUGACUGAUUACGAGAAAGAACGCCUCGAGUCACUGAAAUGUGGCAUUGCGCACUGCCCUAUUGCCAACAUGACCGUCGGCGGAGGUUUCAUGGUGGCACCGAUCCGAGACUUCCUCCGCCGCGGAAUCAAAGUUGGUCUAGGCACAGACAGUGGUGGCGGUUGGGCAUCGCAGAUGCUCGCUGUGAUCCGACAGGCUAUGAUAGCGUCUAACGCCCGGGAGGUACUUUCGCAUGGUGCGGACAAGGCUCUUUCGUUGGAGGAAGUCUUCUACCUAGCGACACUUGGGGGUGCGAGGGUGUUGUGCCUUGAAGAGCGAAUCGGCAAUUUUGAAGUUGGUAAGGAGUUUGAUGCUAUCUGGGUGGCUACCACGACGGGGUUGCAGUCCGCUAUGACUCCAAGAGAGGAGGGUGAUUCUUUGAGGGGUUUGUUUGAGAAAUAUGUCAUGACUGGUGAUGAUAGGAAUGUGGCACAUGUGUUUGUUAGAGGGAGGCGAGUUGCGGGUAGUCGGGAGUCUGAUCAGAUUUGA